AGUCCCUAAUCAACAAGCAAACCAGAUAUCAACUUCAUGGGUCUACUCUCAACCAUACAGCUCCAAGGGGACGACUAUAUCCUGCCAAAACCAAGAGAAACCCAGGCGCCGGGGCAGGAGGGGCAGGAAGAACCACAAACCGACCGGCUACAAGGGGUCGCAGGAUGUGAACCUAGUGGUCAACCUGUCCAGCCGGGAUUUGUCUGAAAAGGACACUGCAGUGUUGAAUAAAGGUCUGUCUUUCAUCCCCACCCCUACAGCCAACCCAUUUCAGACUAAAAUAGAGCUUUUCAAAUUUUUCCGCAACAUGAAGCUGAAAUAUUUUUUCAGUAAAGACAAGAUUCAUUUGCCCCCCACUGACCAGAUUGACUCAAACAGUGCAAUCUCCCAACCCUUCAAAACUAAGAGCAAAUUUGUGCCACCCAUUAUUUGCCCGAGUAUAGAGACAUUUUGCAAACUGGUAGAAAGAGAUGUCAAUGUGGUUUUCCAGACACAGAAUGCAGGCACCAAGCACUACUCCAACCUCGAUACUCAAGAAAGGGUAUGUCUUAAGAAAUUAUCCAAAGAGUCAGACAUAAUCUUCAAGGGCGCUGACAAAGGAGGCGGUCUUAUUUGCAUGGACAGAGUCAAUUAUGAGACAGAGAUUGCUAAACAACUGGCAGACACAGUCGCAUACAGCAAGCUCCCUAGUGAUCCCACAACCAAAUUCAAGAGAGAAAUUGACACAUUUUUGAAUGCAGCUCUCGCAGCUGGACACAUUACCAGCUCAGAAAAGAAGUUUCUUAUCAAUGAGCACCCAACCAUUCCUGUGAUUUACACAUUGCCCAAAGUGCAUAAACAAUUUACAAAGAUCCCUCCUGGACGUCCUAUAGUUUCAAGCAACAACUCCUUGACAGAGCCCCUCUCCAAAUACAUCGACCACCACAUACGAUCACUGGUGACUGAUCUGCCCUCAUACAUCAGAGACACUGGUGACCUCAUUAACCAGCUGUCACAGUUGAAUGUUACUGAUAACAACAUAAUACUUGCUACCAUGGAUGUUUCAUCUUUGUACACCAACAUUCCACAUCAGAGCGGUCUUAUGGCACUUCAGCAUUUUUUGGACAAGCGUGAGAAUGAAUCUCCCCCGACUCAAUUUAUUUUGGAGCUGACAGACAUAGUCCUGAGCAGGAACUAUUUUCUUUUUGGCCAGGACUUUUACCUGCAGAAGAUGGGGGUUGCUAUGGGCGCUGCAUUUGCUCCCGACUUUGCCAAUCUUUUUCUAGGCAUGUUGGAAGAGAGGUACAUCUAUGCUAACAACAUUUUUUCUAACAACAUCCUCUUUUACAAACGUUACAUUGACGAUUGUCUUCUGGUGUGGCAGGGCUCGGAACAACUGCUCAAUUCCUUUCUGCUGUAUAUGAACUGCCUGCACAACACCAUCAAGUUCAACAUGGAAUGUGACCCUCACAAAGUCAGUUUUUUAGAUACUUGGGUGAUUUUUGAAAACAACUCCAUACACACAUCCCUGUUUGUCAAACCUACCGACAAGAAUAGCAUAUUACAUGCUUCCAGCUUUCACCCUUCCUCUUUGAAACAAGGACUGCCCUAUAGCCAAUUUCUAAGGGUCAGGCGAAUAUGUAGUGAUGACAAUGACUUCCAGACUGAAUCUGAAAACAUGUACACACAAUUUUUGGACAGGGGGUAUGGCAGGAAAACAUUGGACCAGGCACUGACCAAAGUGAACCAGACACACAUGGGGACCCUAACUAGCAAGAAAAAGAAAGAACACUCUCUGAUAUGUUGCACUACCUACACCCCCCUCAGCAACCAGAUCACACAGAUCAUCAAAAAACAUUGGAAUGUUCUCAACACAGAUCCUGUAUGUUCAUCCUUGUUCAAAGAGCUUCCAUUGUUCACCCAUUCCAGGUCGAGAAACAUUCGGGACAUUCUAGUUCAUGCCGACACCUUUGACCACUCCAAGGCGCCAAAAGACAGACUUGAUGCUGCUGUGGGGUUUUUUCCUUGCCGUAACUGUACAUCUUGUACCACCACAGGCAGCAAGAAGACCAGCAAAUUCAUGUGCCAUGUGUCGGGCAAAGAAUAUAACAUCAACAAAUUCAUCACCUGCAGCUCUUCUUCUGUGAUCUACUUACUAUCAUGCCCCUGCGGCCUACAAUACAUCGGCAAGACCAACAGGCAACUGAGGGUCCGCAUAAAUGAACACAGGAGCGCCAUCUCCAGGAAUGACCCAAAGUCACCCAUUGCCAGACAUUUCUCCACAGCACCACACACCACGGCCCAAUUGCAAUUCAUUGGGAUUGACCGUGUGACCCCCAGCCGCAGAAACCGUGCUGUGGAAUCCAAAUUAUUACAAUGUGAAGCCAAAUGGAUUUUUUAUAUGCAAACAUUGUCUCCCAAGGGCCUCAAUGAGGAUUUGGACUUGACCUGCUUCCUAUAA